CCUUUUUUAUAAUUUUUUUUUUUGCUUUGCUCUAUUUUCCACUUGCUGUGUAUUUAUGGGAAGUGAACUUUAUGUGUACACUUAAAUCUUGUUUUUCUUAGGAAAGAUUGGAAAAUUGGGUUUUCCUUUCUUAAUUCUUUGUUUAAACUGUGAUUUGCUCAUCUUUCUCAUUAAAGAACUGGUCUUUCUUUGCUCAUUGUAGGAGAUAGUGUGAAUACAAUGUAUACUCAGAGGAUGCAAUCUGAUCCUGUUUUUGGUCGAAGAAACGAUGGAUUAGGCUUUGGAAUACUAUGUGGUUCUAAGUUUCAAGCUGGGCAUUUGCCAUCUGGUGUUAUUUCUGGUUCAAGAACUAUACCUGUGAGAAGUAGCGGUGGCAAUGAUAAUGGGUGGGGUUCUGAUAUGGAUACUGGUUUUGAUUCGGAUGAUGAGGUUUAUGCAGUUGAGAGUCCAUCAAAUUCUAUUGCAAGUUCUAAAACUACAGAUUCGGUGCCAUUUUCGUUCAGUAAUAAGAGCGCCUCAUCCUGGGAGCCGAAUGGGAGGUCAUCUAGGCAGAGCCUGAAGUUGUCCAAUGGUGGGAUUCCGAGUGCACCCCCGUUAGGUGAUUCAUUACAAGAACGCGAUCAAGUUGCUAAGCAGCGUAAAUUUUUUUUGUCAGAUGACAUAUCAGGUUGUUCUGUAGCAAUGGAUGAAGCUAAAGCAUAUAAAACUGCAACCACAGGUUCUGCAAAAGACGGACAGUCUGCUCCGUCUGGAAGGGCCAGUGAUGUACCUUCUAAUUCUUCAUCUGCCCUCUUUCCAACAUAUCAUGCAAGUGGACGAGGUAGUUGGCAAGGUUUCGUUGCUUAUGAGGCAUGUGUUCGACUAUGUCUUCAUUCAUGGGCGAAGGGUUGCCACGAGGCUCCAGCUUUCUUGGAAAACGAAUGUGCCUCAUUACGAGAUGCUUUUGGCGCAAGGCAAGUGCUGUUACAAUCGGAGGAAGAACUCUUGAGGAAAAAGUCCUUGGAACUUGUCGGUGAGGGAGCCUCGAUGAAGCCGAAGAAAACUUUUGGCAAGCUGAAAGUACAAGUGCGUAAAGUGAAAAUGGCAUUGGACCCACCCACAGGCUGCAGUUUUUCCACUCUGAAACCACCAAAAGUGAAACUGGAGGCCAUACGUGCUCAGUUGUCCAAUGUGAAAUCAACUGUCAGUUCUGAAUGGGGAGCCAUACGAAAAGUACGUAUCACUCCAAGGGUACCUUCAAAUGGUUCUUUAUCACAUCAAAGCUUGGCAUACCUUCAUGCCGGUACUCGUUAUGUUAAAGACAUUUCUGGGAUUUUGAAACUUGGUGUAACUAAUUUACGAAGCAGUUCAGCAUCGUAUGAUGUAGUUCCUGAGACAUACUUUUGUUCGUUGAGGUUGAAAAGUUUACCUGAAGGUGAUACAGUGAAAAUGCUAGCUGGAUCCGCUGAAACACAUCUAUUCUUACCGGAGGGUCUGGGGGAUGACUUAAUUGUUGAAGUACAUGACUCAAAGGGAAACUAUUGUGGCCGUGCAGUAGCUCAGGUUGCUGAUAUUGCUGAUGAUCCGGGAGACAAACUCCGUUGGUGGUCCAUAUAUCACGAACCAGAGCAUGAACUUGUUGGAAGAGUACAACUAUACAUAACUUAUUCUACUAGUCUUGAUGAAAGUAGCAACACUAAGUGUGGUCCUGUCGCAGAAACCAUUGCAUAUGAUUCUGUUUUGGAAGCAGCGAUGAAAGUUCAACAGUUUCAGCAGAGAAAUUUGUUGCUCCAUGGUGCUUGGAGGUGGUUAGUAACUGAAUUUGCAUCAUACUAUGGAGUCUCAGAUGCAUACACAAAAUUAAGAUAUCUUACUUAUGUCAUGGAUGUUGCGACGCCUACAGCGGACUGUCUGAACUUGGUAUAUGAUUUGCUGCUACCUGUGGUCUCUAAACCUAAGAAUAGCCUAAGUCAUCAAGAGAAUCGUAUUUUAGGAGAAGUUUCUGAGAAGAUCGAGCAGAUCGUUGCUCUAGUUUUCGAGAACUACAAGUCCUUAGAUGAAUCGUUACCAUCGGGGAUAGAGAAUAUGUUCAAACCUGCUACUAGAGUUGCAGCUCCUGCACUCUCUCCUGCUUUGAAGCUGUAUAGUCUUCUUAACGAUAUACUUUCUCCAGAGGUCCAGUUGAAAUUAUGCAGAUAUUUCCAGACUGCUGCGAAGAAAAGAUCGAGAAGGCACUUGGCAGAAACAGAUGAAUUUGUCUCCAACAACAAUGAUAACGUAUUAAUGGAUCCUAUGGCUCGGUCCACAGCUUACCAGAAGAUGGUAUCACUUUGUUUGAAUAUCAGCAAUGAAGUUCGUACCGACAUAAAGAUCAAUAAUCAAAAUAUACUUCCGAGUUUCCUGGACCUCCCAAAUCUUUCGUCAUCCAUAUACUCCACGGAGCUAUGUAGCAGAUUGCGUGCAUUUCUUGUUGCAUGUCCUCCCACUGGUCCCUCAUCUCCUGUAGCAGAACUUAUUGUCGCAACAGCUGAUCUUCAGAAGGAUUUUAGUGCCUGGAGCAUCAGUCCUGUCAAAGGCGGAGUUGAUGCAAAAGAGUUGUUUCAUCCGUAUAUUACCCUGUGGAUCAAGGAGAAGCGUCUUGCUUUGCUCGAAUUCUGUAAACCUGACAAGAUAAAGUGGCCGUGUGUAGAUACACAGCAUUCAACAACUCCUUUUAUUGAUGAUAUCUAUGACCGACUAAAGGAGACAUUAGCUGAAUAUGAUGCUGUCAUAAGACGCUGGCCUGAAUACCUUUUCUCGUUGGAAACUGCUAUUGCAGAUGUAGAAAAGGCAGUUAUUGAAACUCUGGACAAGAAGUAUGCAGAUGUUUUAUCUCCAUUAAAGGAGAAUAUAAUGCCUAUUAAAUUAGGUCUCAAGUAUGUCCAGAAAAUUACCAAAGGCACAGUAUGUCCGUUUGCAGUCUGCAAAGAGCUGGGAAUUCUUUUGAAUUCCAUGAAGAGAAUGCUGGACGUUCUACGGCCGCAGAUAGAACUGCAAUUCAAGUCAUGGGGUUCUUGCCUGCCAGAUGGUGGACAGGUCACUCCAGGAGAGCGAAUCAGUGAAAUUACAGUCAUGUUGCGAACCAAAUUCAGAGGUUAUAUGCAAGCAAUCAUGGAUAAACUGGUGGAAAAUACAAGAUUGCACAGUCCCACUAAACUGAAGAAAAUUAUCCAAGAUGCUAAGGAAGGUACACAGGAUUCUGAUCUACAAAUUAGGAUUCAGCCGUUGAAGGAUCUGCUGGAUAAUACAAUCGAGCAACUUCAUAUGGUAUUUGAGACGCAAGUUUUCAUUAUUAUUUGCCGAGGCUUCUGGGAUCGGAUUGGGCAGGAUGUGCUGAAGUUUUUGGAAGAGAGGAAAGACAAUAGGUCUUCGUACAAAGCAUCGCGAGUUGCCGUAUCUAUAUUAGACGACAUAUUUGCAUCGGGAAUGCAAAAAUAUCUAGGCAAUGUACUUCAAGAGAAAGACUUGGAACCGCCUAGAUCAAUUGCAGAUGUUCGAGCCAUGCUUUGUAAAGACGCUGUGAAUGACAACGACAACAACUACUUCUAUUAGUGUAUUAAUAACUUGUACAUAGCAUAUACCAAGUACUUAUAAUUUCUUAAGAAGCAUAGAGAUGAAGAGAGGGUUCUGUCCAAUUUUGUUAGGUACUAUCUUUUGGUUCUUCUUAAUGGCUGCUGUUGAGCAACUGAUCAUUUUUUAUUCAUUUAGAAAUUUGUACUACUAGUAGUAGUUUACUGAGCUUGUAGUACUCUUGUAUAUUUCUGAAUUUAUGAUUAAAUAGUUCUCUUGAAAUUUCUUUGAGAACAAUGUAUAACAAUAUAUAUAGAGGCAAUAUGUUUAUAUCCAAGCAAUCA